CCGGCUCCUUUUCUCGUCCGCCUCCAUCUCCAUCCAACCCUAGCACGCACGCACUUCCUCCCCCAGGUCCCCCUCAUGGCCGCCCUCGCUCCUACGUCCAGGCUUCACGCUCGCAUCCUCUAGCUCCCAAUCGAUCCCGCCCGCCGGCCAUGGAUCCCGCCGAGGACGUCGCCGCCGCGCCGGACUCGUGGGAGACGGCCGACAUCGACGGGCCCAUGAGCCGCCUCGUCCUCUCCGCGCGCCGCGUCUCCUCCUCGCCGGACCUCGCGGACGACGACCAGGACCACCCGCCACCGACGCUGUCGUCGCCGCAGCACGGCCCGGCCCCCUCGCCUGCGCGCGACGAUUUGGUCGAUCAGUUCCUCCGGGAGGCGCUCGAGAAGCCGAGGGAGAGGCUCUCUGUGCUAAGAAUGGAGCAAGAUAUUGUGAAGUUUAUUAGUGACCCUAGACAGACGCAGUUUGAAUUCCAGGGUCUUCCAACUUCGUAUCUGCGUCUUGCUGCACACCGCCUGGCACAACAUUAUUUCCUCCAGUCCAUUGCUAUACCAGACAACAGUUUGCCUGAUGGAACUGGUUCUCGUAUUAUCCUCCGUAAAACGUCGUCUGAGUGCCGAUUGCCUGCUGUCCGCCUUGCAGAUAUUCCAGUUAAUCUGCCACAAGAAGAAAGCAGCUCUGUAGCCAAAGUAGCUAUUAAGCAGAGGCCUCAAAAGAAUUUCCAUAGCAAUCACAGUUUGAGUGCUCACUCUUCUAGAGACAACCUUCAGAAAAGUGUCGAAGAAAGAAAAGAGGAAUACAACAAGGCACGUGCACGGAUAUUUAACAACAGUAGUAGCAUCAAUGCUGCUGAUGGAAGGCCGGUUGAUGAAGUGACUUUGCCCAAUACUCUACAUAGGUCCACUUCGUUGGAGUUGAACUCGAGCAAUAGGUUGGGUCAAGGGGCUGAAAUUACUCUUGAAAGGAGUUUGACUACCACUUCAGCUAGCAGCAGGACAAAUAGAAGCAAGAUCGAGAAGGAGCCUGCAGUCAAUAGAAACCGGCAAAACAAUAGGGUUGCAAUUUUCCGAGAUCGUGAGUCAGAACGCAAAGACCCUGAUUAUGACAGAAGCUAUGACAGGUAUAUGCAAAGAUUCGAUCCUGGAUUUGGAUUUAAUGGGGGACCAUACACCAUUCAACCUCUGUAUGCCCCUGCUGUUACCUACAACACUGAAUUCCCCCAGCUUGGCUCAGCACAUAGAUCUCCUGUUGCUGUUGAGCAGCAACCUCGGCCAAUAGCUCAGCACAUUCCUGGGUCCUGGUCAGCCGCACAAGCACCCAAUGCAAUCGGCUAUGGGCCUCCAGAUGGUGCCAUGGCACCUUACAGUCCUGGUAACGCUGGUGCUCCUGUGAGGUCGUCUGUUUUCAUGCAUGCUCCACAGCAAUAUGCCAUGCCUUCACGCCCAGGAGUCCCAUUUGUACAUCCACAGGAAUCCAUGCGACCACUUGCACAGACUCACCAACAACAACAAUCGGAAGCUAGUUUGCGCUUAGCCCGGCCCCGGUAUUGCGAUGCUGGAAGGGCUGAUCGUGCUGCUUACUCCUUUGGAUGGACUCUGGAUUUGAAGGACCACGAAUGUGGGAGGGAAAGAUUGGGAUCGGCCAAACGGCUGCCAGCAGCUGAGGAAGCACCCAGAGUUGGAUCGAGGAUUUCGCCACGCCGCCCUCUCGCUCGUCCGCAAGCCCUAGCAGAGCAGCAGUCAGGAGGAGGGGUUCAGUGGUCGGCAGCAGCCAUGAGUAAGUUGCAAACUGAGGUCCUGAAGGAUGCCAUCUCCCAGGUUGUUGCUGAGGCCAGAGAGAAGAACAGAAAGUUUACAGAGACCAUUGAGCUCCAGAUCGGCCUCAAGAACUAUGAUCCGCAAAAGGACAAGCGUUUCAGCGGCUCCGUUAAGCUGCCCCAUAUCCCUCGUCCCAAGAUGAAGGUCUGCAUGCUUGGUGAUGCACAGCAUGUGGGGGAGGCUGAGAAGAUCGGUCUUGAUUACAUGGAUGUUGAAGCUCUUAAGAAAAUGAACAAGAACAAGAAGCUUGUUAAGAAGCUUGCCAAGAAGUACCAUGCUUUCUUAGCGUCCGAGGCUAUUAUCAAGCAGAUUCCUCGUCUCCUUGGUCCUGGUCUCAACAAGGCAGGCAAGUUCCCAACUUUGGUUAGUCAUCAGGAGUCUCUGGAAUCGAAGGUAAAUGAGACGAAAGCUACGGUGAAGUUCCAGCUCAAGAAGGUUCUUUGCAUGGGUGUCGCUGUGGGUAACCUGUCGAUGGAGGAGAAGCAGAUCCAGCAAAACAUCCAAAUGAGUGUCAACUUCCUGGUUUCGUUGCUGAAGAAGAACUGGCAGAACGUGAGGUGCCUGUACAUCAAGAGCACCAUGGGGAAGCCAAACCGAGUCUUCUAAGUUGCUGUGUCCGUGCCGUUUAAUACAGAUAAACGUAGUUGAGUUUGUCAUGGAUAUGUUUACGCCUUAAUCUAUCGUACUGUUAUGAGUUUUUGUGUCUGUUCAAGUGAACAAGGGACAAGUACUGUGCCUUUCUG